AGAUUACGUUUAUCUGACAACACAUGAACACAUCACACUCAUAGAUCUAUUAGAUUCUCUUCACAAAACAAAAUCCGAUCCUCUAGAUUCUCUGUUUUAAAAAAGAGUCCAUCACCUCCCUUCUCUCUCUCUUAUUUAUGUAACUCCUUGUCUUAAUCCUCACAUUGAUUAGUUGUGUCCUUCUUUGACGUUAAAUAUCCAUCCACAACGCUUCUUUCAAUUUCCUCAAGAGAAAACAAUGGCACUAGGAGAUUUAUCUUCUUCUUCUUCUACCUCGGAGUUACAUGUUCUCGCUGUGGAUGAUAGUAUUGUUGAUCGUAAGGUUAUUGAGAGGUUGCUUAGGAUCUCUGCUUGUAAAGUGACGACUGUUGAGAGUGGGACUAGGGCUCUUCAGUAUCUUGGUCUAGAUGGAGACAAAGGAUCUUCUGGUCUUAAGGAUUUGAAGGUGAACUUGAUAGUGACAGAUUACUCUAUGCCGGGACUAACAGGAUAUGAACUACUCAAGAAGAUCAAAUCUUCAGCAUUCAGAGAAAUACCUGUAGUGAUAAUGUCGUCUGAGAACAUACAACCUCGUAUAGAACAAUGCAUGACAGAAGGAGCAGAGGAUUUUCUGCUAAAACCGGUGAAAUUAGCAGAUGUGAAGCGGCUUAAAGAACUCAUAAUGAGAGGUGGUGAAGCUGAACAAGAGAAAACCAGUAACCUUAUUAGUCCUAAGAGAAUCCUUCAAAACAACAUCUUCUUCUUCAUCAUCUUCUUUAUUAUCACUAUCACUAUCAUCUUCAUCGUCUAAUGUUGUUUCUUCUCCGGAAGAUAACACUCCAUCUUCCAAAAGGAUGAAAUUAGAAUCUAGAGUUCAUGAUUGAGCUAAGACUCCUCUCUUUUUUUUUCCUUGGUUAGAUAAGUUUUUGAUUUGAUAUAUGCAAUGUUUAGAUCCUUGAGGCUCACCAUAUGACUCUCUUUGUUAUUUUAAUCAAUCAAGUGAACGUGGAACGAUUUGUAUAUGA